AUUAAUUGGUGUUUGCUUUUUCCUAACAUCAGGUGGAAGAAGAUGCUGAAGCAUGUGUGCGCUCAGAGGUCGACCUCAUCCUUGGCCCGUACCUCAAGCACCAGCCUCCGGCGGCAAGGUGAGACAUUCUGUUCAUCUCAGAAGGUCAUGAGGAUGAAGUCACAUGAGGAUGAAGACUUCGUCAGGUCUCCUGAAUGUCACAGAAGAAGUCACAGUUCCUCCGAGUCUUACUCCAGUAGCAUCAAUGACUUCUCAGCGUCCUCAAGGAGUGAGAGCAUCAACGGAUCCUCAGAGACUUCAAGUAACGACAGCAUUAACAUUUUCUUGGAGUCCUUCUCAAGUAGCGGCGAUACUGACGCCUCCCUCGAGUCUUUGAAGCAAGUCAGUGAUCAGGACUCAGGCGAUGAUGUCUUGAGUUCACCAGAGAUGUCGAAGAAGGACCUGACUCGACCAUCGACUCUUCCUCGCCGCGGGGGCCACAAGAUCCUCCAAGGAUCAGUCUGCUCCACGGAUCAGGUCCUUCGCAAGUCUUACAGACCGGCAGAUUCCUGCAGCCUCCACUCCACCUACAGCUUCUCCUCCUUGGCCACCAGCAAGCUGAGCUCCAGGUCCUCCUCGACCACUUCCCUGGGAGACCAGACAAUGACUCCGGUGAAGGUGUACUUGAGGUUCAUGAAGCCGGACAUCGAGUACAAGACCAUCAACUUGUCCUCCUCGACCACCUGUAGGGAACUGGUCCUCAUGCUCUUGGCCAAGUUCCGCUUGCGGCACCGCGACCCCAACUUGUUCUUCGUCAGGAUGGAGGUGGUGGUCCGAGCCCCGGGCGGAGGCGCCCCAGCGCGGCGCCUGCUGGUGCUGGAGGACCACGCCUGUCCCGCAGAGUUGCAGCAGUGUCGCCCUCGAGGCGAGGCGCGCUUCAGCGUCGGCGUCCGUCGAGGAGGACUUCUGCGGGUCUACGACUCCAUCCUCAUGCCUGGGUCGCAGUACAAGUCCCUGCUAGUGUCGUACCGGACCACAGCCGAGGAGCUGGUCCAGCUGCUGCUCAACUGCUACAACAACAAGGAGAACCACAACCACUACAUCGUGCACGAGGUCAACAACAGCCCCUACAGUGACCGUCCACUCCGGCCCGAGGAAUGUCCCUUGUUGGUCCAGAGCGAGUGGCCCAGGGCGGCCCGGGCCAACAUGGCCUUCGUCCUCCGUCGCAAUGUGGCCUACGCCCUCAGUCUUAAGUCUAGGGUAUCAUGGCGUCACAGUUUGGACCAGUCGAGCACUGAUACGGACUCAGAGCAAGAAGACCAGAUCACCGCCCCCAUCACCGCCCCCAUCACCGCCCCCAUCACCAUCCCCAUAACACGAGCAUCUUCCAUCGACAGCAUCCUUAGCACGAGCUUGUCCGAAUCCUCUAGCUUGUCAUCCUCAGUGACUAUUGCUUCCACCAUUCUGCCAUCGCCUUCCCCUUCUACAGCUUCAGAUGACUCUGGCUUCUCUUCCACUUCAUCUCGUCUGUCCAACGUGUCUACGGAUUCUCUUACUCCCCCUUCUUCCCCUUCUCCCUCUGCCUCCUCCCUCGAUUCAUCAUCUACAUACAUAUCCUUUAAUACAGACUCGAAAGUGGAACAGUUUUCAACACCAGUUAGUGUUGACAGUCUCACGACAGUCACUUCAGAGAUCGGGUCUGACAGUUCACCUUCGGCGGCACAACUUAGUGUUGUGUUCACUUCUGCAGCGACAACAACACCUCCAUCGUCUUCCACAGUUACAGCAGACUGUAAAACACCGGUUUCAGAGCUCUUGUCUCCAUUCGACUCUACUGUGGCAUCGUCGACUUCGAGUUCAUCAUUAAAAUCGUUCGAAGUAGCGAAGGCUCCUUCGCCCGAAGUCGCGAAGUCUUCUUCGCCCGAAGUCGCGAAGUCUUCUUCGUUCGAAGUCGCGAAGACUCCUUCGUCCGAAGUCGCGAAGUCUCCUUCGCCCGAAGUCGCGAAGUCUCCUUCGCCCGAAGUCGCGAAGUCUCCUUCGCCCGAAGUCGCGAAGUCUCCUUCGUCCGUAGUCGCAAAGUCUUCUUCGCGUGACUUGUAUGACUUGACUCCAAUUAUCUCCGACUCGUUACUGACUUCCUUUUCUUCUCCGCCAUCGCCUUCGACUCAUCCAAAGUCCCUUCAUCACUUUUCUAUUUCCACCCCUUCCACUCCUCUACCUUCCAGAUCUCCUCACCCCUUCCCUCUCUCAAUUCCUUCUACACCACCUUCUACUCCCAGAUCUGUCAAUUUCUUCCAUCUUCUCCCUUCUAGGCAUUCUUCCCGUCCCAGAGUCAUCCAUCCCAUCUCCACCUAUUCCACACCAUCUUCCCCUUCCUCGACCCUCAAUCACCCGUUCCCUAUUUCCAUCCCUUCCUGUCAUGAUUUCUGUCUCGGAUCUCACUAUCCUUCUCCUCCUGAGACUUAUGGAGGCCCUCUUCAGUGCACCAUCAUCACCAUCCCCACCAGUGGUGACCCCACAGUUACCAGCAACACCAUCCCAACCACCACCACUACCGCACUGUCUACCACCACUACCACCUCCACCACGACCACUACCUCACCCUCCACCACGACCACUACCUCACCGUCCACCACGACCACUACCUCACCCUCCACCACCACAGCUACCUCACCCUCGACCACUACCUCCUCCUCUACAUCUGCGAGUCUCAAGGAACUAGCAGCAGCUCUUGAGUCCCUCAGAACGCUAGCAGUUCGGUGCCCUGAUUACGACAACUGCUUCUACAUUUAAUUGGUUCCUCUGAACUCAUCCUCUCCCACCUGGUUGACAGCUAUCCAGACAGAUAACUUCGGAGGCUAUGAGCUCAACUCUGCAGGAAAGGUCAGCUUCGCAUGGUCAGAAACAUACACACUCAAAACCAACUCUCCCUACGGUUACUGACCAGAGUUAUACAGGACCUACACGACGACUCGACGACAUUUACUGUCCAGAGUCGUCAAGGAUCUAUCCAUUAUACUAGGACACGACCGACCUCUCAAGCCUAAAAGCAGCAGUGUAUAACAGCUAGCGUCGAUGCUCCUUCUUAUCUGAAGAGCACAUAUGAAAAUAUGUCAUAGGAUAAUAAGCAUCUUCUCUCGUAUCUACAAGAAGUGGGAUGAUGGAUAACAUUUGGGAUAACAUUUCUGUUAUCGAAGUUUUAAACAUAUCAAAGUUCAGAAUAUCAUUUUAUGUUCAGUUAAUAAACAUUCACUUGUUAUUCUAGUAUAUAAUUAUGAUGGUGAAGAGAAGAAAACGUCUUGGAAAAAUUAUACAGUGUCUCGAGAAUAUGAUUAUAGAAAACUAUAACUCUGACAUGAGUCACUGUUGAACGCGUACGCCAAAAUUAUAACAUUGACAAACAUAUUUACAACUUUGCACGUUACAGAUACAUUACACAGCCCAAUGAGGAUUUCCCCGGACUUAAUAACGGUCCAAGACGGACCGAAACAUCGCCACAUAUCCAUCUUCUGUUAUGUGGUUGGGUCAUCAGGACGAUCACAAUAUAUCCCAUCGUGUCUUGAGCACAAACAUUUCCACCUUUGGACACCAUUCCCUCUGGAGCCGUCCGGUGUUGCAACGAUGUCUGGAAAAGGACCCAAAAGGUCAUUUUGGACCUUUUGGAUCCUCCAGGCACUGGAGUCACCCCAGAAAGGGGGCGACUCCAGAGGCUGGAGAUGAUAAUGGAAGCGUUCCAUCGCUCGUGUUCGAUGUCCUCGGCCAGCCGUGACCGUCGCCAGUCACCGGACACCUAGUUGCUGCUUCAGAGACUCCAUCUGAAGGACGCCAUGUUGGGGACCAGUCCCUCGCUACACAGGACGUAGUGUUAAACACGAAUCUUAUAAGAAUUAGGAUGUUCAAUUGACCCAGUCAAUAUUUUUACUUCUGAAUCAGCAAGAAAUUAAUCUCAAUCCACAAGGGAAACAGAAAAUCCUUCAGAAUAUAUAUAUAUA